AUGCCAGGCAAGCGGCAACCCUGAACAUCACGAGUCAGAUAUCACAGAGGCUGGCAGCUGGCUGGAAUAAGCUCUGCAGACUGCAGAACAGAGAAGAUGGCCUUCAUUGCAGCUCUGGGGCUCUUGAUGGCUGGAAUCUGCCCUGCUGUCCUCUGUUUCCCAGAUGGCACAUUGGGAAUGGACACUGCAGUGCAAGAAGACCAUCACAAUGGGACACAACUGGACCAUCUCACAUUGGCCUCCAUCAACACUGACUUUGCCUUCAGCCUCUACAAGAAGCUGGCUUUGAAGAAUCCAGAUAAAAAUAUUGUCUUCUCCCCACUUAGUAUCUCAGCUGCCUUGGCCGUCGUGUCCCUGGGAGCAAAGAGCAACACCCUGGAAGAGAUUCUAGAAGGUCUCAAGUUCAAUCUCACAGAGACCUCUGAAGCAGACAUCCACCAGGGCUUUGGACAUCUCCUACAGAGGAUCAGCCAGCCAAGGGACCAGGUACAGAUCAGCACAGGCAGUGCCCUAUUUGUUGAAAAGCGCCAGCAGAUCCUAGCAGAGUUCAAGGAGAAGGCAAGGGCUCUGUACCAGGCUGAGGCCUUCACAGCUGACUUCCAGCAGCCUCGUGAAGCCAAAAAGCUCAUCAAUGACUAUGUGAGGAAACAGACCCAGGGGAUGAUCAAGGAGCUGGUCUCAGACCUGGAUAAGAGGACAUCCAUGAUGCUGGUGAAUUACAUCUACUUUAAAGCCAAAUGGGAGGUGCCCUUUGACCCUCUUGACACAUUCAAGUCUGAGUUCUAUGCGGGCAAGAGGAGGCCCGUGAAGGUGUCCAUGAUGAGCAUGGAGGACCUGACCACACCCUACUUCCGGGAUGAUGAGCUAUCCUGCACUGUGGUGGAGCUGAAGUACACAGGAAAUGCCAGCGCCCUGUUCAUCCUCCCUGACAAGGGCAAAAUGCAGCAGGUGGAAGCCAGCUUGCAACCAGAGACCCUGAGGAAGUGGAAGGACUCUCUGAAGCCCAGGAUGAUAGAUGAGCUACACCUGCCCAAGUUCUCCAUCUCCACCGACUACACCCUGGAGGACAUCCUUUCAGAGAUGGGCAUCAGGGAACUCUUCUCCACCCAGGCUGACCUGUCUGGGAUCACAGGAGACAAGGAUCUGAGAGUCUCUCAGGUGGUGCACAAGGCUAUGCUGGAUGUGGCUGAGACAGGGACAGAGGCAGCUGCUGCCACAGGAGUCAAACUUGUCCCACUGUCUGGGAAACUGGACCCUCUGACUAUAUAUUUCAAUCGGCCUUUCCUGAUAAUGAUCUUUGACACAGAAACUAAAAUUGCCCCCUUUAUGGCCAAGAUAUCCAACCCCAAAUGAGACUAGAACUCCCCAAGUUUUUGAUGCUUCUUCCCGGGAGCCAGGCAUUGAGCCUGUCUGUGGGUUUCCGUGGGCAUUUUGGCUUCCAUGCUCUGCUUGGCCCUGAGGGAAGUCAGUGCUGUGCUCCCAGACUUCUUGGUAGUGCUAGCCCAUGUUCCUGAGCCUGAAAUUUGUCUUAUCCCCUGCCCCUGCUCUCUCCCUGUAUCCAGCCAAAAGCCUGGGCCCCAUCAAGUAGUCUCAGUUCCAAUUUAAGCUCUGCUUAUGUCUCCCUUCAGCUUUGCUGUCUUGAUGGGACUGUGCAAGUUUACAGGCCAACCCAUAUGGACCAAGAGGAAAGCUUGCUGCCCUGUGUCUAUCUGCAGCAUCUGGGACCACUUGGUGCCCAGUCUGCCUCACUCUUUCUCUUCUCCAGGCUCUGGCUCCAGGCAUUGCCCCCUGCAGGAUCUCCUCACCUUGUCCACAUCUGGCACAGAAUUAGAGCCCUCACUUCUGCAGCUGCAUGGGCCUGUGGGUCAGAGCAGCUCCUUUCCCCUGGCACUCCUACUUAGAGCAAAGAAGCCUUUCUUCUAGUUCCCAGCUGACCAACCUCACACAAAUGAUGAACUCCACCAACCAGAAUAAAGAAGUAGGAGCAAAGGAUCAAUAAACAUAUGACUGCAUUGAA